AAGUCGCGGAGACGAACCCUGAGAGCUCACAGAGUUUGACUCGUUCAGUCCUCCGCUCAUCACAACUCGUUCAUCUGCUCGUAGACUCUCAACCAGCGGCUGCAUUUCUGUGGUUUAAAGACACUUUAACAGCUCAACCGGAAACAAAGAAGUCCGGACGGUGGAGCUGCUCUGAGGCGACCCGUAACUUCGGUGAUGCGUCGUGUACGUGAGCUGACGGAGAAGCUCUGAUGGUGACAAAGGAAUUCCAAACUCCGGUAAAGUCCUCGCCCGUCUUCCCUCAAAGGCUGCACUGAUGUUUUCGCUGGGUCAAGAAAACAUCCCCACCUCCCCUACGUCCACCAAAGGACCGGUCAAAUAUGGAGAGCUCAUUGUGUUGGGGUGUAACGGGUCUCUGCCAAACGGCGACAAGGGGAGGCGGAAAAGUCGCUUCGCUCUUUGCCGCAGAAGCAAAGCCAACGGUGUGAAGCCCAGCACCGUCCACACGUCCUGCACUCCACAGGCCGCCAAGGCCAUCAGCAACAAGGAGCAGCACAGCAUAUCGUACACGCUCUCUCGGGCACAGACGGUGGUGGUGGAGUACACUCACGACAUCAACACAGACAUGUUCCAGAUCGGUCGUUCCACAGAGAGUCCCAUCGACUUCGUGGUGACGGACACGGUUCCUGGUGGUCAGAGCCACGCCGACGGUCAGACGAUUCAGAGCACGAUCUCCCGCUUUGCCUGCCGCAUCAUCUGCCAAAGAAACCCGCCUUACUCUGCACGGAUCUACGCCGCAGGUUUCGACUCUUCCAAAAACAUCUUCCUCGGGGAAAAGGCGGCCAAGUGGAGGAUGCAGGACGGUCAGAUGGACGCGCUGACCACAAACGGCGUUCUGGUGAUGCACCCUCGCCACGGCUUCAGCCAGGACUCGAAACCCGGUCUGUGGAGGGAAAUCUCCGUCUGCGGAAACGUGUUCACGCUGAGAGAAACCAGAUCAGCUCAGCAGAGGGGCAAGAUGGUCGACUCGGAGUCCAACGAGCUCGUGGACGGCUCUCUCAUCGACCUGUGUGGCGCCACCCUGCUGUGGCGGACGGCUGAGGGACUAGCGCUCACCCCCACCGUCAAGCACCUGGAGGCGCUGCGACAGGAGCUGAACGCCGGUCGACCGCAGUGCCCCGUGGGCUUCAACACGCUGGCUUUCCCCAGCUUGCGCCGCAAGGACGUCCUGGAUGAGAAACAGCCCUGGGCCUACAUGCGCUGCGGCCAUGUCCACGGCUACCACGGCUGGGGAGGGCGGCGUGACCCGGAGGUGGAAGCCGACUGUCAGGACAGGGAGUGCCCCAUGUGCCGGGCGAGGGGCCCCUAUGUCCCGCUGUGGCUGGGCUGCGAGGCGGGCUUCUAUGUCGACGCCGAGCCCCCGACCCACGCCUUCGUCCCCUGCGGCCACGUGUGCUCAGAGAAGACGACGGCGUACUGGAGUCAGAUCCCGCUGCCACACGGGACGCACGCCUUUCACGCCGCCUGCCCGUUCUGCAUCCAGCCGCUGGUCGGAGAGACCGGCUGCGUCAGACUCAUCUUCCAAAGCCCGCUGGACUAGAACCGGCUCAGACUCUCCAUCUAAAGCCUUAACCAACAGAGACGAGACGAAACAACACGGAGAGUUUUCACGACUUAAUUUAACUCCGAUCUAAGUGCAUUUAUUGGGUUGAUUCCCGCCUUUAUUUUAAAUAUUAUUAUAUUUGGUUCGGACAGUGUUGUGUUUUUUAAAAGUUCUUUCUUGGACGCAGGUGCAGAAAAACUGUGUGAAAAAGGUGAUGUUUGAUCUGCCUUACACUUUCUUAUUUAUUCUUUUACCUCUUCACUAAUGUCGUUUUGUAAAUGCUUCCCAGGAUUUCCUCACAGCUGAUUACUGCCUUUAAAGAGCUGUUAGGGUGUGGGACUUUUACACAUUAAUCUUUUACACCCAAGCCCUUACCAAACAAACGUUGCUGAAUAAGCCUAUCGACACCAGGUUAGUGCCUCUCCGUAUUUCACGGAGUUUUAAAACUGGCUUCUGUGCUGGUGGUGACUCCUGUAGUAUCUUACAUUACCUCGCAGUAAUCAGAUUGCCAGAGCCGAGGAGGGGAGCAACCGUAGCGAAAGAAAAAACUUGAAAGCAUCCAUGAAAAAUAUGUGGGGAAGAAUUACAGUCCUAAACAGAACGUGAUCAGCAGUGAAUCUGUGUCAGGAGUGUUUGUGGGGUUCCUCUUACUGCCAGAAGGAGGCAACAGAAGCUCCACACUUGGUUUUAACUUGGGUUUUGUGUCCCAUAUGUUAACUUUGGAAGAUUUUCUCUGGAAAACACUGGAACUUUAAGCAGCAAAGCGUAAAUCAAAUAUCGAAUUACAGGACAAGCUUCAGGGGGAAAAGAUCUUUUCUUUGUUUUUCUGUGAAAUCAAAUGACAUUCUUCCUCAUGUUCUUCAAUUUUUUUUUGAUAUAAUCAUGAUCCUAAUGCAAGCUCUGCAUCAGAGCCUAACAAUAUAUCUGGGAAAUGUGUUAAGCUGCUGUCUUGUGACUUGGAACACAUCUACAUUUAAUAUUUGUACUUUUCCAACAAAAUAAAAGUGUACUACAGACAUGAAUGACAUAAAACCAGCGAUUCUUAUUUACUUUACAAGCAAUAAACACUUUAUACAGACUGUCUAAUAUCUUAAAAGUUCUGCAUCUUGAUGCCUCAGCAGCUUUAUUCUGACCUUGACCACAGCGCCACCAUGAGGCCAAACGUCCCACUUUCAUACUAUCAUGUUCUUUCCUUCAAAACAUCCUGAUCAUAUGCUCCCAUCAGAUUGAUUCUGAUGAGCCCAGUACCUCGUUUUCAGCACCCUUGGCCUUUACUCUGGGACAAAGCAAGCUGUGCACAGUUAUCAACCUCAUGAGAAAACCUGCAGGUGGAGGAUAAGUGGACUGAAAACAGAUUCACUGCCUCAGACCGAAUCACUUGCUGUGUACCAGUGUUCCUUCACCACUGUUCUGUCAUCAGUCUGUUCUUCCUGUUUCUUACCUUCCAGCUAUGCAGCCUUUGCUACACACUCACUGUUUUGCACAAACUGCAAUAAAAACACUGCUGAUGUU